AUGUCCACUGGCGCUGAAGCUCCUUCCCGAGUCACUCUUUCGCUUGGCCAUCUGCCUAGUAAAAAGAACAUUAAAGCACCAUGGCCGAGGACGCCAACUAGAAUCGACCCUAACAACCCACCAUGGCCUGCAUUCCGAGGGUAUCAUGAAUAUUCCUUCGCCCAUGCCACUAUGCAAUCACGUCUACCAACCAUCCUCGGCAAGGCCAUCGAUGAUACUACUCGUACUCUCAACGAGCAAUCAUCCGAAGACAAGGUCAUCGAUCUUGUACAAUGCAUCGAGCGCAUGGAGAGACUUAUGACCGAUCUAAGUGGAAACGCAAAGCUACGUCCCAUCCUCGAUGACAACGAGGCUGAUGUGGCGUUGUGGAACAAGGAAAUCGCAAAGUACUUCCAAGGCAAGGACUUCAUGAAUGCGCCUUGGUUGUUCGCAGAAGCAUACAAGUAUCGUCGCCUCAGGGAGUGUUUCAGUGUUUCCAAGUUCUGGUCUGACUACGAUGUUUUCUACCGUCAAAAGUGUGAUACCUUUUCACGUUCAUCCGACGCUGUUUUCGAGUUAUCCUUGCGCUUUGCUGAGCCCUUCGCCAUCGCUGAUAAGCUUUCCGCGGAGGAGAAGCUCGAAGCUGAACGAUUGAUGUUCCUUGAGCUCACCCAAGUCUGUCUAUGGGGUAAUUCGACUGAUCUUUCGCUGCUCAUCAACAUGACCGAAGAGCAGAUCAAGGCCCUUCAAUCUACUGGGGGUGCACAUCUCGCCGCGACGGAAAAGAACAUUCUUGGAAACCACCUGGGAAAACUAUGGGAUACCGUCAAAGAGCUCCGAGAGAAAACGAAUGGACGCAUCGACUUUGUACUAGAUAACGCUGGGUUUGAACUGUAUUGUGACAUGGUUUACGCCGAUUUCCUUGUCCAAAGCGGUCUUGCAACAGAAAUUCACUUCCACGGGAAACGUUAUCCGUGGUUCGUUUCAGAUGUCACCAAGAAAGACUGGGAGUGGCUGUUGAACACGAUGGUCUAUGGACAAUUAUUCCCUCAAGCUAGUGAUGUCGAGUUGGAGUCGCUGCGACGCCUCGGAGCUAGGUGGAAGCGAUAUGAGAAAGAAGGCAAAUGGGUCUACGAGCAACAUCCAUUUUGGUGCACCGGCUACACUUUCUGGGAUCUUCAUUCGGAAGCUCCUGAUCUCUUCCUUCACCUCUCGCGAUCCGAUCUUGUCUUCUUUAAAGGUGAUUUGAACCACCGAAAGUUGACGUAUGAUUGCGCUGCGCCUGCUUCGACGCCUUUUGAGGUGGCCAUUGGACCGAUGGCGAACAGCGCUGGAGCACCCAAGAUCGCGAGCUUGAGGACAAUCAAGAGCGAUGUGGUAGUUGGUCUGGGUGACGAGGGUGAUGAGACUGCUGAAAAGCUGGAUAAUGAGGAGCCUGGUUGGAAGAUCAGUGGAAAAUACGCUGUUGUUCUUCUUUCUGAAGGUCGUCCCGGGGAAAAAGUUCGCUUUGCAUAA